AUGGCACCCCCACCUGCAUCCACGGCUUCUCGAAUGAUCGCUCUAUUUUUGAGGGUCCUCACUUUUGGUUUCCUUAUUGUAUCACUUGUCAUCUUGACCACCAAUACUGCUACCUUAGAAGUAGGCAUGGCCGAGGUUAAAGUCCGCUUCAAGGAUAUUUAUGCUUAUCGAUACAUGCUUGCGUCAGUUGCGUUCGGAUUAGCAUAUACGCUUUUGCAAACUGCUUUCACGUUACGCAACAUGGUCACAGGAAACAGCCUAACAAGUGGUGACGGCAACCUUGUGUUUGAUUUCUAUGGCGACAAGGUUAUUUCAUACGUACUAGCCACGGGUGCUGCUGCGGGAUUUGGCGCUACAAAAGAUAUGAAGCCACUUUUUGCAGGGGCAGGAGUUGAUAAAUUUUUCAACAAAGGUUAUGCAUCUGCUAGUCUUCUCCUCCUCGGAUUUGUGUGCACAGCUAUAUUAUCCGUUUUCUCAUCCUAUGCCCUCCCAAAGAAAGUUUAA